ACCUAAAUGUCAGACCAUUUGUAUCUAAUUAUUGCAGUCGUAUCACAGGGACUGCUUGCAGAAUAUCUAGUACCAGUAACAGGAUUUCUGGUUCAUGUACAUGGAGAAUCUGGACAAAGUGCCUUUUGUAUUAGAAGCGACCUUCCUUAAAAAAAAUCUGGGCAAAUUAGUGUCACAAGAGUGAAAAAAUGUUGAAGCUCAUGACAUUUGCUCCAGCAUCUGCUCUCUGUUGUUGUUGUGAAUAGAUCAGUCAUUGAUCAGCUGGUAUAAGUCAAGCAUGGAUCGGAAGGAAGCAUAACUAGAAAAAUAUGAAUGAUUAAUUUGCAGCUUAAACACUGAGCCGCAUUUGCAAAGCAGAGGGCAAAAAUGGAGAACAGUUUUUCCACACUGCCAUUUUUUACCCUAGGAUUUGUUCUAGAUUGUGCGGGAGCAACUUUUUCUGAAAAAGAAAUCAGCGUCGGGGAGCUUUUGAGGAGCAUCUCGUCGGGUCUGAGGACGCGAGACGAGCCGGCCGUCAUCGAGAGAGCUCUCCGAUUUGAGGGGAAAGCGCUCGAGCUCCCGGAGAGUAAAAAUUCCAUUUACCGGAAGGACUCAGAGGAUAGCUCUCCAGGGGUCCCGGGUACUGGGCCCACUCCUGACGCACCCAAGGUCCAAACAAAGGACGGAAUUCUUACAGGGCUCGCAGCGGACAAAGCUUAUAUUUUCUACGGGAUCCCGUAUGCCAGUCCACCGGUGGGCGCUGCCCGCUGGACACCCCCGACCCCCGUGGCUCCGUGGGCCGGGGCGUACGACGCCUCCUUCCCCAGGGCUUCCUGCAUGCAGGCCUGCAUUGGCCCCGUCUCAGAGGCGUGUCCAGGCAAGGUCAGCGAAGACUGUCUGUACCUCAACAUCUUCGUUCCCCUGAGCGUGGACUUUGCGUCCCCCCUGCUGAAGCCGUUGCCGGUGAUGGUGUGGAUCCACGGAGGAGAUUUCAUCGUCGGCUCCGCCUCCAAGCCGCUAUACGACGGGAGGUUCAUGAGCAAUUUUACACACACGGUCCUGGUGAGCGUGGAUUAUCGUCUAGGGGCAUUUGGUUUCCUCGUGUCUGGAAAUGAUCCCGAAACCUCAGCCGUGGGGAACUAUGGGAUCCUGGACCAGCAAGCGGCGCUCCUGUGGGUCCACCAGAACAUCGCUCUUUUUGGAGGUGACCCCAACAAGGUGACCAUAUUUGGGGAGAGUGCCGGGGCGCAGUCGGUGAGCCUCCACCUGAUGAUGCAGAGCAGCGCGCCCCUCUUUAAGCAGGCGGUGUUCCAGAGCCUUCCGUUCUCCGUCCCGCUGAAGACGCGGUGUUCUAAAAUCGUGAACCCCUUUCGCUUCCUGGAGGUGUUUGAGACGUGGGGGCCUUACAUUGACGGAGAGCUGAUCAAGGAGCAGGUGGUGACUGCCUUCCAGAAAGGACAGUGGCAGAGAGAGAAGCCCCUGCUGCUCGGGACCACUUCUGAGGAAGGGGUCGCCUUCGUCUACGGAGUCCUCACAGAACCCGUCUCGGUUCUGGAGUGCGUCGUCUACACCACGGCCAUCUUCAAACAGCACUCCCCGCGGAUCCUGCACAAAUACCUGCCCCUGUAUAAGGACACCGACCGCCGGACCAUGCUGGCACAGAUCGUGACGGACUACAUCUUCCAGUGUCCCGCGCGCAGGGCCGCCCGCACGGGCGUGGACUCCGGCAGUAACGUGUGGGUGUACGUUUUCGACCACGCGGUGGCGGACCGGCGGGCGUGGCGGGGGCUGCCCUUCUGCGUCGGGCGCGUGUGCCACGGGGCCGAGUUGCCCUUCCUCUUCGGCACGGCACUGCUCGCCAGCCGCAUGCUGUGCCUGUGGGGCGCCUUCGCCCACGGGGGUGACCCCGCCGCCGGGCCCGACGCGACCCGCUUCUGCCGGUGCCAGCGCCCCCCCGUCUGGCCCCGGUACUCCCGCGCCAGCGGCUGGCCCGUCAUGAACCUCACCGUGCCCGCCCACCCACAGGCGGGCGCCCGGGACCACCUCUGCGACUUCUGGGACAAGCUGGGCAUCUACUAGCGCCGGCUAACCAGCUAACCGCCAACUGCCAACUGCCAACUGCCAACUGCCAGCAACUGGGUCUGCGGCCAUCUUGAGUUUUGGUAUUGAGUCUCAGCUCACGUACAUAUUUUCAGAGUAUACAGUAUUAUUUAUUCACAUUUACAGCACAUUUUAAAUUGUUACAGUGUUUGUGAUGAGAUCAUGUGAAGAAUAUUUCAAUAUUUCAGACUGAUGGGUCAACACACAGCUUAACGAUAAACAGACACACUCCACAGAAAAAGUUUAAACCCCCGACUCCCUAAGUUUGCUUUGCUAUUGCAAGAAAGGCCGCAAUAUUGCCUAUUUAUUGAAGUAAAUCAGUGAUACACUUCGCCACAAUAAGUUUAGAUGGGGUGACGUUUGAAAGCCAGACCCUUUUUGGGGCAUCCGAAGUCUGCCUCGUCUCAUCUGUGGUUACUGCAAAUCCCCUGAGUGGAUAUGAACACUUUCCACAGAUUAUGCAGUAUCCAUCUGUCCACGCCUGUAUUGAUCUGACGAUGGGAAAUUGCUGAUCGAUUGAGUGGAGGCGUUUAAAGGGCCAGCAGAGCCGUUACGAUCUUUUAAUAUUUGUUUCAUUAAAAUCUGCCGCUGCCUCCCCGUGCGUUUAAUGGGAAUGGUCUAAAUGUACAGCUCUUGUUAUCCUUACCCAAAUGUAUGAUAAAAAUGAUUAAUUUCCUCCCUGAAUCAUAAGGAGUUUAUCCCCGAAGGGAUUUUAAAAACGCUACGAGGCCAAGAGAUAUGCCUUCUUAUAAUUUAAUUGUAAUUACAUACUGAAACAGGCUUGGCGAAGCCAUGUUUGUGAAGCCUCAUUAAAAUGUAUAAGUCCAAAUGAUUAAUUCCCUCAGGUUUGUCUGAGAGAAUAAAUGUGCGUGUGAGCUCACACUAAAUUCAAAGCACUAAUGAAAUCCAGAAACUAGCCUUAAAUCCAUUGUAAUGUACUACAGUAAUUAGUAUCUUUAAUCUUAAUAAAAACACUUUAAUCUAGGGGUGAGAAUGGGUUAUGUAUUUUUAUAUAAUUGUCUAAUUAAUUAAGCAGCUCCCUGCUUUAGGAGAUGACAGUCAUUGUCAGCAAUAAUUUUACUGUGAAUGUGUCUAAUCUAGAGCUCAACCAGAGGAGACAGUGAACAAAAUUAAUAUUUCAAGCAUACUGCAAACCCAGAGCCCGAGUAUUCAGAAGGCCUCUAUUUCAGACUCCACAUUGAUUUAUAAAAAUGAUGAUGAGAAUGCAAGUGAACAAAAUGGCAUCCAUAUCCAUGACGGCAAGGAAGCAGCAUUGAUUCAACGGCAUCGAUCUAAAGCGCAGCUGCAGGUCUCCCACACGGGUGUCGCGUACUGUGCGUAAUGACAAUAUUAUACGCACUGGAGAUUCAUGGUCGGUCUAAUGCCCUCGCUUUUCAGCGCUUGCGAGGACAAACCCCUUUCAUGAAGCGAUGUCUUUCAUCUCCAGAUGCUGAAUGGCGGAGAUCAAUGGCUGAUUAUCUCCGCGGUUUGAGUUACUGGCCCCGGCCGUUUCCCAAGCCAAACGAGAGACGUGCGUUGAAGCGUCAGAAUGGGACGUGAUUACACCACUUAAAGCCGCGAGCGAAAACUAAUCAGGCAGUUGUUAUUCGCUGCGCGCGCGACCUUCUGUGACACGGCUGUUUGUUCUCGAGGGCGGCUGUGUUUGGACUAUCACGCGUUUGGCUGGUAAAAAAAAAAACUUCUUUCAUCUUACUACUGUGAUUGCGGAUCAUUACCGGAAUGGCUUUGAUCACGUCCUUCUCUGCUGCAUUCACGGAGCUUAUCAUGAGUUUGUGAUUGCGAGCUGAGAUUGCAGACCUUGCAGCGCUUUCGCCCACUAAACUAUCAUUAAUAUGCCCUUUGAUGUAGAUGGACUAACAGACACACUUACCGAGCCGAAUUCAUUGCUCUCACAGUAAAGGUAACUUCUGGAACAUGGCAAAGGUAAAAUAGGUGGUUACACAAAUGU